AUACACAGACUGACUUCCGCGGCACACGAAACGAAACAGCAGGCACGCGACCCGUUGCGGCGGAGUAGGGGAUGGCCGCGAACCUGGAGGACGUGCCGUCGGUGGAGCUCAUCACCGAGGUGCUCCGCCGCGCCAAGUGCAGCUCCAAGCCCGACAAGCGCAUCAUCCUCGUCGGUCCGCCUGGCUCUGGAAAGGGAACACAGUCCCCCCUUAUUAAGGAUGAAUAUUGCUUGUGCCAUUUAGCCACUGGUGAUAUGCUGAGAGCUGCUGUUGCUGCUAAGACUCAUCUGGGGAUCAAGGCUAAAGAAGCUAUGAACAAGGGGGAGCUUGUUUCUGAUGACUUGGUUGUUGGGAUCAUUGAUGAAGCCAUGAAAAGGCCUUCAUGCCAGAAGGGUUUUAUCCUUGAUGGUUUCCCUAGGACUGUUGUUCAAGCACAAAAGCUCGAUGAAAUGUUGGCAAGGCAAGGUGCUAAGGUUGACAAGGUUCUGAACUUUGCAAUUGAUGAUGCAAUUUUGGAAGAACGAAUUACUGGUCGUUGGAUUCACCCAUCGAGUGGUAGAUCUUACCAUACAAAGUUUGCUCCUCCUAAGACUACCGGAGUUGAUGAUGUUUCCGGAGAGGCCUUAAUUCAAAGGAAAGAUGACACAGCUGAGGUCUUGAAGUCGAGGCUUGAAGCCUUCCACAUUCAGACUGAGCCGGUGAUUGAGUACUACUCCAAGAAUGGCUUAGUCGCAAAUCUUCAUGCAGAGAAACCACCGAAGGAAGUUACUGUUGAGGUGCAGAAAGCCCUUUCGUGAAGUCCUGUUACUCACCUUAAAAAUGACAUGUACCAAAACCCCUAUUCCCCUCGAAGUUUAAACUGAUACCAACCUCUUACGGUCCUAGUUUUCUAUCUGAGAUGUGCGCGAUUGCACCAUUUUUUUUACAGCUUUUGCAAGCUCGGGAUUCUUCUGAAUAAUUUUGUUUGGAUCGAGAGGAUUUUUUUUUUGUAGCAGUACAACAUUUCACGAAAUGUUCAUUUCUGCCUUGUUGUAAUUGUUGCGAUCAUGCCUUUGUUUAAUCAUUGCUCUGAGUUAGUACCAGCAAGUUAAUGCAUCCGGUCCAUUUGAGAUGAAA